UGUCGUCUGCUUUAGUUUCUUAGGUUAUGUAGUCGGAUACCAUGGAGAUGGGUAGUCUUGUUGCCGCCUGGUGGUGCUUGAAUUAAUGUUGAAGAAUUAAUGUAGUUCCCAAGUGACACAUACAUCAAAGAAUACUGAUAUUUCUCGCACUUUCUCUCCACAUUCCUAACAAACUUACAAGAUGCUGCGGCUAUUUAGUCAAGGGAGACAUGUUUCGUCUUCGGCCAACUUAAUUUGCGUGUCUCAACGACUUCUUCAUCGAUCAUCACCUUACUUAAGUUCAGCAUUAGAAGAAGUGAAGCAGAGAGAAAGGUCUCUACAACCAGAACCACGUCGUGCCAAAAUGAAGAUGAGCCCAUACGUGAAGAACCUGUUUCGAGGAUUAGUAGAUCCUUUUGUUUUCGGUUAUUUAGAAUUAGACCAAGGGUCCCUCAAUAUUGCCGAAGACAUGAAAUCAGAAAUCCAUAAAUUUUUGGAAUCCGAAGAUCUGUCUGUAUUAAAUUCAGGGGGAAGAAUAUCAGAUGAAACUAUUGCAAAGUUGAAAGAGCUUGGUGUUUUCAAACUUAAUAUCGCUCAGCAGUACGGAGGCCUGGAGUUGACUUGUGCAGAAAUGCUUAAAUUGUGUGAAGAGUUCUCUAAGGUACCCUCUCUAUUUCAAACUCUUUCUACACAUUUCCAGUAUAUUUCGCCCUUGUUCUCUAACUUUGCUAGCCACGAACAGAAAGAAAAGUACCUUCCUGCUUUGGCUUCAGGAGACCUUCACAUUGGUUUUGCAUUAUGGGAAGAAGGAGCUGGUGUUGAUGUUUCCAGUAUCCAAUGCCGAGCUGAAUUCCUAGGCGAUAAUUACAUUUUGUCUGGGACAAAGCAAUGGGUUUGCAAUGCUGGAAUUGCUGAUAAGUAUGUCGUCUUUGCUUCAGAUGGUGAUGCGAGUAAUAUUGGCACACCGAAUGCAAAAGUUACAUGUUUUAUAGUUGAUAAAAAUGCUGAGGGUAUCUCUGCCAAGUCCAUGGAAACCCUUGGAAUGAAUGGAUACAGCGCAUGGGAAGUGACUUUUGACAAAACUGUGGUUUCUAAAGACAACCUAAUUGGCUUGCCAGGAGAAGGACUGAAGAUUUUGAAGACAUUGUUAUACGGAAAAUUUUCUUUGGCGGGUGCCAACAUAGGACUUUUAAGGGAUCUAUUAAACACUACUCUGCAUCAUUCUAUCAAGAAAGAAACAUUUGGAAAGCCUCUAGUGGCAAAUGACAUUGUUCAGCAACAUCUGGCUGAGGCAGCAGCUCGGCUCUAUGCUUUAGAAAGUAUUACAUACAUGACAGCUGAUUUUUAUGACAACAUUGAAGACCCAGAUAUUGAAGCUGAAGUAGGUAUAGUGAAAAUCUAUAGUAGUGAGUCUAUGAAGUACAUAGCAGAAAGAUGCCUUAAGAUUUUGGGAUCUGAUUGUUACUUAACUAACAAACCUUAUGAACGUGUUCUGCGAGAUAUGCUUUUUACACCUUUGGUUGAUACUUCAGUUGAUACCUUACGUAUGACAGUAGCUUUACUUGGUUUGAAGCAUGCAGGAUCCUCUUUUCAAGAAGAGGUUUUGCAUAAUAGAAAUCCUCUCUUACAUCCUAAGAAAGUCAUGCGUGGCUUAUUCAAAUCGUAUGUGAGCUGGGACAGAGAGCCUGACAUUGACCAUCUUAUAUUUGAAAAUGUCCAUCCUACCUUAGUCAACAGUGCUGACACUCUUGAGAAAGCAAUUUUUGACUUUGGCAAAAUUACUGAAGAGACACUUGUCAAGUGGGGUGCUGAACUAGACAGCAGACAAAUGAAUCUUGCCCGGUUAGCAGAUGUUGCCACUAAUCUGUAUGUAUGUACUGCAGUUUUAGCCCGAACAUCAAGAGCUAUUAGUAUUGGGUUAAGAAGUUGUGACAUUGAUGGCUUUAUGGCAACAUCACUUGUAGCUGAGAUUACCCAAAGUAUUGCUGAUCUUAAAGAUGCUCUUCAGUCCAGUCCCUAUGGAAACAAUGAUGCAAACUACACCAACAUAACCAAGGCUAUGAUUCAUGAAAAAAAAUUCACAGCCGCACAUCCCUUAUCUAGGAAUUAUUAAGCUGUUAAGUUUAAUGUAAAUUUUUUGUAAAGAAUAAUUAUAAAUUGUUAAACUAAGCUUUAAGAAAUAAAAUUUGGAUUUUAACAUGA